AAUGGCUAGCUAGUUAGCGGUGGUGCGCGCUAAUAGCGUUUCAAUCGGUGACGGCACUCGCUUUGAGACCUUGAAGUAGUGGUUCCCCUUGCGUUGCAAGAGCCGUGGCUUUUCUGGAGCGAUGGGUAACGAUGCUUCGUGGGUGACUGUUGUUGAUGUGUGAAGAGGGUCCCUGGUUCGCGCCCGGGGCGAGGGGACGGACUCAAGUUAAACUGUUACAUAAGCAUCAUAGUAUUUUUAUCAUCUUUGGGCUUCCAUGAUUUCAAAUCAAAUUUUAUUUGUCACAUACACAUGGUUAGCAGAUGUUAAUGCGAGUGUAGCGAAAUGCUUGUGCUUCUAGUUCCGACAAUGCAGUAAUAACCAACAAGUAAUCUAACCUAACAAUUCCACAACUACUACCUUAUACACACAAGUGUAAAGGGAUAAAGAAUAUGUACAUAAAGAUAUAUGAAUGAGUGAUGGUACAGAAUGGCAUAGGCAAGAUGCAGUAGAUGGUAUAGAGUACAGUAUAUACAUAUGAGAUGAAUAAUGUAGGGUAUAUAAACUUAAAGUGGCUAGUGAUACAUGUAUUACAUAAAGAUGGCAAGAUGCAGUAGAUGAUUUAGAGUACAGUAUAUACAUAUGAGAUGAGUAAUGUAGGGUAUGUAAACAUUAUAUUAAGUGGCAUUGUUUAAAGUGGCUAGUGGUACAUUUUUACAUAAUUUCCAUCAAUUCCCAUUAUUAAAGUGGCUGGAGUUGAGUCAGUAUGUUGGCAGCGGACACUAAAUGUUAGUGGUGGCUGUUUAACAGUCUGAUGGCCUUGAGAUAGAAGCUGUUUUUCAGUCUCUCGGUCCCUGCUUUGAUGCACCUGUACUGACCUCGCCUUCUGGAUGAUAGCGGGGUGAACAGGCAGUGGCUUGGGUGGUUGUUGUCCUUGAUGAUCUUUAUGGCCUUCCUGUGACAUCGGGUGGUGUAGGUGUCCUGGAGGGCAGGUAGUUUGCCCCCGAUUUCAGUGCCAGCACAAGUUUUCCCUUGGUCGAGGUCAAAUAACUCUCAUUGUUCUUAAGUCCUUUUUUGUUUUUUUUUGUUCAUAAAAUGCUUCAUUUCAAUAGGUAAAAACUGCAUUGAUAAAACUCUGUUUAUGUGGCUCUGGCCCUCAUUACCACUCAUGUUAAUGUAGUGGUGCUAUAGGGUCCAACUAGGCCUUAAUGAGAGGAUUCAUUCUUGGUUAUGAAUCUAUCACCAGAGGAAGUAAGGAACAUUUAAUCAACUUCAAGAACACAUUUAAUACAAUUUGAUAUAGUAAGACUUUUUUCUAAAGCAUCACUGAGGAAAUUAACUUAACAUUUUACACAGAACAGGGAAGUGAGGAAGAACACCCCCUCAAUGUAUACUAUCUGGGUAGUAGGUGUGGAUUUAAGCGUAGAGGGGAGAGAGAAUAUUGUGUGUCAGGGUUUUGUUUCCAGGAAGUGGGUUGAGUUAUUUAUAUUUCAACACUUGUCCUCUAUUACCCAGGGGAGGACCUGUGUUCGUAACCUGAAACUUUAUAUUUAAACAUUGUCUUAUUCUAGAUGUGUUGCGGUGAACACAAACUACUGUGGGAAUUAGACUGAGAGGAACAAGUGAAGGUUUAUGGAAGAAAAUCUAAAACAUAUACAAUUGGAUGGAUAGAGAGUGACCCUGAGAGGUAAGCUUGGAUGACACAUUACUCCUCUGCUAGACUGGCAAGAGAUAGAGAUGGAAAUUGUGUGUAGAUUUAAGAUCAUUGUCAUAAAGAAUUGACUAGUUGAAUACAGGAUGAUGGCAUCUGGUUACUGGCAAUGUUGCUUUACUGGUGAAAAAGAAAGGAGGUAUUAUGACAGACAAACAAGGCUCAAAUGUCAUGUGUCUGUACUACUGGUGCUGGAUUAAUAUUAUCAAGGAUGCCUUUCAUCCUCUAAAGGAUCCUCUCUUUGUUGGAGAACGUUGUAAUGAAGAUCCAUGAGAAGAUUUUAACCCAUUACCUAUCCUGCACCUCACCGAUAGAUAAAGAAGGAUAUCUCUACAAAAAGAAAGAGAGGACCUCCUCCUACCAGAGGCGCUGGUUUGUCCUGAAAGCCAAUCUGCUGUUCUACCAGGAGCGUCCGGCAGAUCGACACCUGCUGGGGGUUAUUGUCCUAGAGGGCUGUGCUGUCCAACGCUGUGAGUCUGAGGGAGGACUGUUUGCCUUCUCCAUGGUGUUCAGAGGUUCAGGACUGAAAACCUACAAGCUUGCUGCUGAGGACCAGCUGGGCCAGGAGAGCUGGGUCAAAGCCCUGCUCACAGCCAGCCACUGCUACCUUUCACUGCUGGUCAGAGACCUGGGGAAGCAGUACGAAGAGGCUAAACGCCAAGCUGGCCCUGCUAAAUCCCAUCAACGAACCACUGUGACUGGUCCAGGCUCAAUGUGCCUUACCCAAUCCAUGACUUACCUGAACUCAUGCUCCUCCUCCUUCCUCGUGCCAGGACCAGUGAGGAGAGAAGGGGGAAGCCACAGUGCCAGUAAUCUAUUACAAGCCCCUCCAAUCCCCAGCAACGUGAUCAAUAAGAGGUCCCCUAAGCAUUGGCCCAAGAGAAACGCACAUGUCACACCGAUAAAUGGACCAGCACCACCAUAUGGGGAAUGGCCACAAGUGGACUUUGAUCCUCUAGAGGAUUUCACCAAGCUACAUGAUUACUAUGGAGAGGAGGUGAAGCAGCUGAGAGCUGAUUGGCUGAGGAGGAGGCAGGAGGAAGAGGAGCACCUUGAGGAGGAUCUCAUUGACCUAAGUGAACACUGACCCACAGAGAUCAGACAGUCACCACUCUGGUUAUUUUGAUGAGGACUUUGGUGUGAAUGCCAGUAAUCUGAAAUAAGAAAGUGACUUUAUAAUUUGAGGAACUAGAGCAUUAAAGAAGAACUAGUCACCUGUGUAUACAUCAUGAUGGGAUUAUAGUCCUAUGAGGUUGAUGAUGACCCUCAGAAUGUCACAAAGCAGAGACUCAUCAUCAAACUCAUAAGACUAUCACCCUUAGUGGUGUUGCAAACAACCGGAUGCAUCCGGUUCUCAGGGAUACAGCCCUGAUGUGGGAACUCUGCACGGCUGUUUCUUUUCCGCCUGCUACGUUAGGUUUUAGGAAUAUAAUCAGCUCAUGCUGUAUACACAGGUGACUGGUUCCUCUUAAACACUCUAGUUCCUCAAAUAAUAGUCACUUUCUUAUUUCAGAGUACUGGCACUACUACGGGUUUGUCUGUUUGUAAAUUAUCAUUAAAAUCACUGGUAUAUUUUUUAGGUAAUAUUGAUGGUGAGUGUGAAGCUUAACUUUCUGUCAGCAAUCAGGGUAGUUAUGCAAUAUUGAAGCAAAGAGCUUCCAGUCGAAGCUCGCAUCCACUAUAAGACCAUUGUGCUUACCUACGGAAUAGCAAGAUAAACUGCCCCUCUCUACCUUCAGGCUAUGCUCAAAACCUACACCCCAACCCUAGCACUCCGUUCUGCCACCUCAGGUCUCAUGGCCAUCCCACCCCUACAGGAGGGCAGCUCCCGAUCAGCCCUGGCACCACAGCGGUGGAACCAGCUUCCCUCUGAAGCUAGGACAGCAGUCCCUGCCCAUUUUCCGCAAACAUCUGAAACCCUACCUCUUAAACAGUAACUUAAAUAAACAGUAUCCUCACCUCGACCCCCCCCCAAAAAAACAGCAGCACUUCAUCAGUGCUUGACCCCCCCUUCCAGCUCUGCUUCUACUGAUAGCUAUGUUAUUGAGGAAAUAUGUACUUUAUAUGCCUGUGAUGUGUGGUUGUCCCACCUUGCUAUCUUAAGAUGAGUGUAGCUCUGGAUAAGAGCGUCUGCUGAAUGACUAAAAUGUAAAACGUAAAAACAUCCUUGUGAUGUGUUAAACAUCAUAUAUAUUGUCCGUGGGGCGACGCACAAUUGGGCUAGCGUCGUCCGGGUUAGGGAGGGUUUGGCCGGUAGGGAUUUCCUUGUCUCAUCGCGCUCCAGCGACUCCUGUGGCGGGCUGGGCGCAGUGCGCGCUAACCAAGGGGGCCAGGUGCACGGUGUUUCCUCCGACACAUUGGUGCGGCUGGCUUCCGGGUUGGAGGCGCGCUGUGUUAAAGAAGCAGUGCGGCUUGGUUGGGUUGUGCUUCGGAGGAUGCGUGGCUUUCGACCUUCGUCUCUCCCGAGCCCGUACGGGAGUUGUAGCGAUGAGACAAGAUAGUAAUUACUAUCGAUUGGAUACCACGAAAAUUGGGGAGAAAAGGGGAUAAAAUUACAAAAAAAAAAAAAAAAACAUCAUAUAUGUUGAUGUGUUGUUACACACUGUCAAGUAAAGGCUUCACAUCCCUGUUUAACAAAAUAAGUUACAGUGCAUUACUAUAUAAUUACUUGUAUAUCCUUCAUGUUAAAAAUGUAUCCAUUAUUUUUAAGCAACUUUAGUGCUCACAAAGGUUGAUGCAGCUCAACCAUGCUGUACCACCAGAGGGUGCUACAAACACUAGCUGUGAAUUAAACCAUUAAUGUGCACUGAUUAAAAAGUGUGACAAGACUCAGUUUAAUUCAAUCAUAAUAUUGUUAUGGAGAGAGACAUUAGUAACAAAGAGCCCUCUCUGGUAUUGCCCUGAUGGGACAUCCAUCCACCAGCCAACAUGUAACACAUUCAGUUGAAAAACCAAGAGAUGAAAAGUGAGCUAAUAUUAACAGGACCAAUGUAGUCUCAUGACAGAUGUGAGAUUUGGAUCUGGGUUCUGAGAUAAGGAUAUAUGAGGAUUAAUAUAAUGUACACUAGUGAGACACCAGUGGUAAAAUAAACAAGUUACAUAUUUAAGAAUAUCAGAUCAACGGAUCAAACUGAAGUUCGCACAUUGUGGCAGGUAUCCUAGCGGUAAAGAGCAUUGGGCCAAUAACCCAAAGGUUGCUGAUUCGAAUCCCUGAGCUGACUAGGUGAAAAAUCUGUGAAUGUGCCCUUGAGCAAGGCUCGCAUCCAUAUUUGCUCUGGGUAAGAGUGUCAGCUAAAAGUUGAAACUUUUAAGUUGAAGUGUGAAAGUGGUUUUCUAUGUGCGUCUCGAAGAUGAGACUUUGGCUUCACCACAUACCAGAAAUUCAUACCAAUCAUCUAGAAUGUGAUAGAUUUGUCCAGGGGAGCGCAUGCACAUGCAUCUGUAUAUUAACACCUCCUCACACUGUGACAGGAUAUAAACAAGCCGUAAGGUGUAACUCAGGGCUGUUCAAUUCCGGUCCUGGAGGCCGAAACACUUCAUUUCUACCUGGUAGUUAAUCGCACUCACCUGGUGUCCCAGGUCUGAAUUAGUCCCUUAUUAGAAGGAGAGGAUAAAAGCCAGAAGUAUUUUGGCCCUCCAAGACCGACAUUGAACACCCAUAGUAACCUGUCUUAUAAUAAAGUAGGCUAUGUGCACUCUAUAUAAGGAAGUAUGGGGUCCUGUUACGGAAAUGUGUGUAGAUAAUGUAUGGUUCACCAUAUGACCAAGCAUCCUUGAAUGUAACUUCCCUGGUUAAAUAAACUAAAGGAUAAUUAAAAAUGACUUUACUUUACACUUUACCAUGGCAAUAACAAGGCAGAUCAGAGGUCAUAGAACAACACAGACA